GGUGCACCGCGAACGCGAAGCAGAAACAGAUCAGACAGCAGGUCGGUCGAUGAGCUGGAAUACGGACCGCAGAAAGUACCGGCUGUGAAAAAACAAACUAAAAAUUGGAAAAAGUCGACGUGAACGGUUGGUUUCGCUGGCGGUCUCGUCUUCCGUGGACUAGCGUUUCGGAAAGUUUUCAUCCAGCUGAACGGGCGCGGACUGACGCUCCGAAACACUGUCCACAAUGUCGGGGAGCAGGGAGGAGGAGAGGAGGAAACUGGCCGACAUCAUCAACCAUUGGAACGCUAACCGGCUCGACCUGUUCGAGAUCAGCCAGCCCACAGAGGACCUUGAGUUCCAUGGCGUGAUGCGGUUCUACUUCCAGGACCGGGUGGCUGGCAACUUUGCCACCAAGUGCAUUAGGGUCUCCAGCACAGCUACGACACAGGACGUCAUCGAGACGCUAGCUGAGAAGUUCAGACCGGAUAUGAGGAUGCUGUCGUCACCGAAGUACUCCUUGUAUGAGGUCCACGUCAGUGGUGAAGAGCGGCAGUUGGACCUGGACGAAAAGCCGCUUGUUGUUCAGCUGAACUGGAACAAAGACGACAGAGAGGGGCGGUUUGUCCUGAAGAAUGAGAACGACAUCCUGCCCAAGAAGAGUCAGAGUAAUGGACCAGAGAAGGAGAAAGAUGGAGUGAUACAAAACUUCAAAAGGACUUUGUCCAAGAAGGAGAAGAAGAAGGAAAAGAAGAGGGAAAAAGAGUUCGCUCGGAUCCCCGAUGGAGACGAGCAGAUUCUAGGCCGCGAGGACGGGGAGAACAGUUGUCUGGCAGCAGAGGUUUAUAAGGAUAUGCCAGAAACUAGCUUCACCAGGACGAUCUCAAACCCGGAGGUGGUGAUGAAGAGGAGGAGGCAGCAGAAACUGGAGAAACGGAUGCAGGAGUUUAUGAGCAGCGAUGGAAGGCCAGAGUCAGGGGGAACUCUGAAGAUUUACGCCGACAGUCUGAAGCCCAACAUCCCCUACAAGACCAUCCUGCUGUCCACCAGAGACACAGCAGACUUCGCUGUGGUGGAGGCUCUGGAGAAGUACGGAUUGGAGAAGGAGUACCCCAGGGAGUACUGCAUCGCUCGGCAAGAUGAUAAGACGUGCAAAGAGGUGAUUCUGGAUGAUUUAGAGUGUCCUCUGCAGAUCCUCAGAGACUGGCCUGCAGACAGAGGAUCGUUGGUGUUCCAGCUGAAGAAGAGACCUUCGGACUACCAGGCCAGGAAAGGAAGGAAGGACGACAAAGGGCUCAGAGGAAAGGAUGGCUUGAUGCCGCCCGAAAAACUGCCUUAUUUGGUGGAGCUGAGUCCAGGCCGAGGGAAUCACUAUGCCUACUACGCUUAUCGGCACCAAGAAGACGGUUCCGACUCCCGAGACAAGCCCAAGCUGUACCGGCUUCAGCACAGCAUCACUGAGGUGGGCUCAGACUGCACAGAGGAUGGAGCCAUCCAGCUUCUUGGCCCGGGGAUCCUGCCCCACCACUGCAACCUGAUGCACAGCGAAGGUAUGGUGACGGUGACGCCGCAUGGCCCCGUCGCUGACACCUUCGUGGACGGGCAGCGGAUCACGGAGACCACGGUGCUGCGCUCCGGAUCCACUCUCCAGUUUGGCUUGGCACACGUCUUUAAGUUUGUGGAUCCGAUGUUCGACCAGGGAGGGAAGAGGGAUCCAAAUGCUGCCAUGAGGAGCCGAUACAAAUCUGGCAGCGUACCAGAGACCACCUUCGACCUCCGUGGAGACGUCCACAUUGGAGCAGCCCUGCCCACCAGCAAGAGCUCAGGGAAACUGGAGAUGGAGAGAGGCAUGGUUAAACCCAUGAUCAGAGGAGAGCAGCAGGACAGCAGCAGGUCCCAGGAUCCUUCUGCAGACAGGACUGAGCUGACUCUUCCAGCCAGCAUCGACUUCAGAGAAAAUUCUGAAGACACAUUCCUGUCGGCCAUCAUCAACUACACCAACAGCUCCACAGUCCACUUCAAGCUGUCGCCCACUUAUGUCCUGUACAUGGCCUGCCGCUACGUCCUGUCGCCCACUUAUCGGCCCGACAUGUCGCCGUCGGAGAGGACGCAUAAAGUCAUCGCCAUCGUCAACAAGAUGGUGAGCAUGAUGGAAGGAGUCAUCCAGGAUAAUGAUGAAGGGGAUCAGAAACAGAAGAACAUUGCAGGAGCCCUGGCUUUCUGGAUGGCCAACGCCUCCGAGCUGCUAAACUUCAUCAAGCAGGACCGGGACCUGAGCCGCAUCACGCUGGAUGCCCAGGACAUCCUCGCCCACCUCGUUCAGAUGGCCUUCAAGUACCUGGUCCACUGUCUACAAGCUGAUCUGAAUAACUACAUGCCAGCCUUCCUGGAUGACCCUGAGGAGCAUAAUCCACAAAGACCCAAUAUCGAGGACGUCCUGAACACUCUGACGGGCGCCAUGUCGUUGCUCCGUCGCUGCCGGGUCAACGCCGCCCUCACCAUCCAGCUCUUCUCACAGCUUUUCCACUUCAUCAACAUGUGGCUGUUCAACAAGCUGGUGACGGACGCCGACUCAGGGCUGUGCUGUCACUACUGGGGGGCCAUACUCCGGCAGCAGCUGAGCCACAUUGAGGCCUGGGCUGAGAAGCAGGGCCUGGAGCUGGCUGCAGACUGCCACCUCAGCCGGAUUGUCCAGGCCACCACCCUGCUGACCAUGGACAAAUACUCCAUGCAGGACGUGCAGAACAUUCACAACACCUGCUUCAAGCUCAACUCCCUGCAGCUCCACGCCCUCAUGACCAACUAUCGCUGUGCCCAGGAUGAGCCGUACAUCCCCUCUGAGCUCAUAGACCAUGUGGUGGCAGUAGCGGAAAACACAGCAGAUGAGCUGGCGAGGAGUGACGGCAGAGAGGUGCAGCUGGAGGAGGAUCCGGACCUUCAGCUGCCCUUCCUCCUCCCGGAGGACGGUUACUCUUGCGACGUGGUGCGCCACCUCCCCAAUGGUCUGCAGGACUUCCUGGACCCACUGCUGCAGAGAGGGUUCUGUAGACUAACCCCACAUCCGCGCUCUCCUGGUACCUGGACUGUUCACUUUGAAGGAGCCGACAAUGACAACCACUUCUCUGCUGACAACAGUGAAAUGCCAAUGAGGAAAGAGCCAGAGGUUGUCACGGUAACCCUGAAGAAGCACAAUGGCAUGGGCCUCAGCAUCGUAGCUGCCAAGGGUGCUGGUCAGGAGAAGCUCGGCAUCUACAUCAAGUCUGUUGUGAAAGGCGGAGCGGCUGAUGUGGACGGCCGUUUGGCAGCAGGUGACCAGUUGCUGAGCGUUGAUGGACGCAGUCUGGUCGGUCUGUCGCAGGAGAGGGCUGCAGAGCUGAUGACGAGGACGGGCUCUGUUGUAACUCUGGAGGUCGCCAAGCAGGGAGCCAUCUACCACGGACUGGCGACGCUCCUCAACCAGCCGAGCCCCAUGAUGCAGAGAGCGUCGGACCGAGGCCGUGAUAAGAACGGGAAGAUGCGGCCAAAGAGCGAAGGCUUUGAGCUGUACAACAACGCCGUGCAGAACGGCGAUCCAGAGAGCCCGCAGCCUGGCUGGGACUCUUACGCAGAACCAAAGAGGAUGAGCGGAGAAGACCGCCUGCUGAAGAACCGGGUCGACCACCGCUCCAGCCCCAACGUAGCCAAUCAGGGACAGAAUCCAGCUACCAAAUCGGUGUACCCUGGAGGACCAGGCACCAAGAUCACCUCCGUCUCCACUGGGAACCUGUGUGCAGACGAGGAGCCCUCCCCGCCGCACCCCGAGGCCUACCCCAUCCCCACCCAGACCUACCCCAGAGAGUACUUCACCAUCCCGGCCUCCAAGAGCCAGGACCGGGUGGUGGGUCCAGUACAGGUGCCCCCGCAGCACUGGCAGGGCAUGGAGGACAGAGAGCGCCUGCCUGUGGUUGACAACAUUCACAACAAUAGCAUGCAGCGGAUUAAUCUCUCCCAGGAAGAUCUGUACCCUCCACCGGGAAUAAUGAGGCCCGAUGAGCGCAUGCAGCCGCUCUACCCGCAGGACUACCAGCACCGGGAUUUGGACUACCAACACAGAGGUGUGGGAGCUCCACCGGACCACUGGACGCCUCAGCCACAGAUUCCUUCUUCGUUGGAGUCAUCGACAUCCAGCCAGGAGCAUCUCAACUUCUCUGCUUCCUCCAUUUCUUCAAACAAGGGCCAAAACCAGAAGACUGGGCCGGGCCGGUGGAAGACUCCCAAUGCACCGCACGUUGUGCCGCCGCACUCGGUACAGCCGCCAUCUCGCUCCGACCUGCCGCCGCCUCCACCGCCGCCGCCUACCGUUUACCCCGACCCCUAUGAUCCCCAGCCUGACCUGCCGCUGCCGCUGCCUCCCGCCACCAUCAGCCCGGCAACAGCCCAGCAAGCUGCCGACCGCAAGAAACGGGAGGAGCAGCAGCGUUGGUAUGAGAAGGAGAAAGCUCGGCUGGAGGAGGAACGAGAGAGAAAGAGGAGGGAGCAGGAGAGAAAGCUGGGUCAGGUCCGGGCCAACCCCGUCAUGCCCGUCCAACCCCACAACAAUGGUGGAGCCAUGCCUCUUCCUCACCACCAGCCUCCUAUGGCCUCCAUGGCCCCGCCCCAGCCGUACCACCCCCCACAGCCUCCACCAUCCAGACUGGAGAAGUUGUCCAGCCUGCCGCGGUCAGUGGUACCUCCUCCCACCACGGCCUCCAACUCUGCCGCCAUGGACACAGUGAUCAGGGAGCUGCUUCCACAGCAGCAGCCGCGGACCAUCGAGCGACGAGACCUGCAGUACAUCACCAUCAGUAAGGAGGAGCUAUCGACCAGCGACAGCUUGUCUCCUGAUCCCUGGAAGAGAGACGCCCGCGAAAAGGCAGAGAAACAGCAGCAGCUCCACAUCGUGGACCUGCUGGACAAAGAGAUCCAGGAGUUGCAGGCGAAACCCGAGCGAACAGCAGAAGAAAGCGACCGCCUCAGGAAGCUGAUGCUGGAAUGGCAGUUCCAGAAGCGGUUGCAGGAGUCCAAACAGAGCGACGAAGAUGAAGAGGAAGAGGACGAUGAGGACAUGGACAGGAUGCUGAUCGUGCAGAGGCUGGAGGCUGAGAAGAGAGUCAGGCAGCAGACUGCUGUCCCAGCUAUCUCUGUUCUAGACUUGUUGCAGGACGAGGAGCGGCGGCGUAAGCAGCAGCUGGAGGAGAUUCGGAAGAGGGAGGCAGAGGAGCGAGCAAAGCAGGAGGAAGAGAGGAGGUGGAGGGAGGAGGAGAGAGCCAAACGAGAGGCGGAGGAGAAGAGGAGACAGGAGGAGGAGUACUACACCCGCCUGGAGGCUGAGCGGCGGCGGCGGCAGCACGAGGAGGCUGAAAGAAAGCUGCUGACGCCUGACGAGCCGGCCGGUCUGUAUCGGCCCCCGCUGCCUCGGGAUUAUCAACCCCCCGCCCCCCACAACCCUACUAACACCCCCCCACCCCCACCUCAGAGAAACACCUCCUACCUCAAAACACAGGUCAUCUCGCCCGACACGCUCUACACAGCCAAAUUCGUCUCCUAUGCAGGCGAUGAGGAAGACGAGGAGGAAGGCAAGGAAGCCAAUUCGGCAGGGAGCGGCGGCCAGUCAGGGUUUAAUUCGCACACUGGAAACUCGACAGGAGUUGUAGGAUCAGGAGAAGUCUACAAGGACCUGAGGGACAAAUGGACAAAGAGUCAGGAACAGGAGAACUCGAUCCCCAGCGACGCUCCAGAGAGUCUGACCUUCAAGGAGCGCCAGCGCCUCUUCUCUCAAGGGAAGGAGGUUUCCGACAAGGUCAAGGCUUCUCGCAAACUCAUGGAGCUGGAGAACGAGCUCAACACCAAGCAGUAGGCCCCACCCAAGCCCUCUGCCUCCCAGCGCCACCUUAAAUCCACAUUAAGGUGGUCCUGGUAAACGUCCAGACGGAGCGAGCCGGCGCUCACCUGAUUAACACUGACGGCCUCCUCCCGGUUCUGUUGCUUUUUUCAUUGUUUUGAGACAUCAGAGGACUGGACCUUCACCUUUUGUUCUUAUGACGCAGCGGUAUCGUUGGAACGUGACAGAUGGUUCUAGUUUCAGUCGAAGUCUGUCAGUUAUAUAAUGAAGCACUGUAAAAAAGUUUUAAUUAUAUCUAAUUAGAGAAACACACAACAAAGGGGGAUAUAUUUUUGUUUGUAAAAUGGUUCUUGGGGCGAUUUGAAAGGAUUUAUUCUCGUUUAAAUUUUUUUGAUAGCUUACUGAAAUAUGUACAAUUUUAUGAUAUUUUAUGCUUUUUUUCUGCAUCAUGUUUUCAUGCUUUCAGUUCCUCCUUGCCAGCAGAAAAAAAACAUAUUUUAUUGUUAAUUUUAUCUUUUUGUUUUUAUUUUAUUUUAUUUUAAAGAUUAAAUUCUUAAUGAGAGGAAACACUGUUCAUUCCGUAGCAACAAAGAGCGGGAUUUCUUUUAUUUUUGUGACGUCUUUGAAAAGCUGAAAGAUGAUCCAGAGGAGGUUGGUAACGCCUGAGGAAGGCCUCUGUAAAUGCACAACUUUACUGUAAAUAUGCCGGUCCACAACUGUCUCUUUUUACUACUGUAGAAACCUUCCAGGAAACUAAAGAAAACCGGAAAGCUUCCGUGAUUAACAUUUAUUUUCAUGUCAGAAAACCCAACAAACAAACAAACCUCCACCCCUAAAUGUUAAGUUUUAGGUUCUUCUAAAGAUAGUUUUUUGCAGAGUUUUGUGAAGUUAAUUUGACUGAUUGUUCCCUAAACUCAAGACGGAAAAACAAACUUUCGCUCCAAAUGUGAUUAAUGUUGGUUUUCACAAUAUUAAUAAACUAAGAAGAGCUUCUCUUCAAAUGCUUGUUUGCUUUACAGGUAUUUAUUUCAAACCUUGUUGGAAAAAGAAAAACAUACAUGCACAUAUUUUAAUAUUUACUCUGUAUCUGCAGACCUUUUAUUUUGGAGAAGUGGAUUAUAUUUGGGACCUCUUGACUGUGGUAAUCUCCUUUCACAGAGAGCUUCAGAGAAGAAUGAUGGUUUCACAUAGUAAACAGUUUCCCAGAGUCUCGGCGCACCUCAGCUGAGCUUUAAACUCUGAGUGAGUCCAUCCUGAGUGUAAACGGAUCGGCUGGAGAUGAAAGUGAUCCUACGUGACGAGAUGAGAUGCUGUUAGUAACCGGCCUGUAGAACCACUACAAGCAAUUCCUCCUCGAUUUCUCCCUCUAGGUUUCAAAAUGAACUGAAUCAUUUAAAUGGUUUCAUGUUUAGCCUUUUGUAAAUCAUUAAUAAAUACAGAUUUUUCAACAA